GGUUCUUGACACAGAAGGGUUUAAAUCUGAACUAAUUUGAAAACUCCAAAAAUUAUCUAAAAAUAAUGAUUCAAGGAAAUGACUAACCGAUGAAUCAAAUAAAUUUAAUUACAAAAUAUAUUUUUAUAAUUCACACUGUUCCUUAUUUAUCAACAGACAUUGAAAUGAAAUUUUAUUCCGUACAAUUAAUAGGUUCAUGCCAUGAGGACUCGACUGCCAUGAUUGAAUCAAGCGUCGUUUCGGGUUUGUUGAAGUAAAAUAGUUUUUGAAAAUGUGGAAAAUUUGGGUGAGAAAUCGGAAGGAACUGAUAGUAAUAAGUAUCGAGGAUCUUUUGCAUUUUAAAAUUUGUGUAAAAACCUCUACAUGAGUCAGUUUAGUGAUAAAUAUCGGUUUGACAAGUAACUAAAUUGCAGCAAUCGCCAUCGUCGUAUUCCAUAAACUGUUUUUGAACAGUUAUUUUCUUUUAGUUGUGGAAUGGUUUUAAAAACAAUUAUAGCGUAAAUAUGAGACUUGAAACAGUGUUUUGUUGAUCGGCAAUGUUGAUUUAUCGGUAUUAAAAAUUAAGAAUAUUCUUUGUUGUCAACUACGUGAAUGACCUUGAAAAAUGUUAACCUUUUAAAUAUGUCUGGUCCGGUCUAACCUUAUAAGUUUGUUUACAUUUUUUAAAAAUCAGAAAAAUAAGAUAAUAAUAUAUGUUAAUGCUAUUUUAAACAAGAAAAUAUAAAAUGAGGUUAUCAAAAUUUCGUUGAUUACCAGAACAUGUUCAUUUAUUGGUAUACACAUUUCAAACCAACCUUCGAUUGGCAUUGAUCAGAAUGGUUGUGGAUGUGUCUGUGAGACCCCUAAAAAUGCAACCCACUGGUAUGAACCCCAAAGAAUUGUCAGACAAUGAUGAUAUAUCUACUUCACUUGUUUUGGACCCUCAUUUGGGGUUCACUUCCCAUAAAAUGAACAUAAGAUUCAGAGCCCCAAGAGCUAACAACUCCGAGUUGAAAAAUAUCAUUGAAGAAUUUAUCAAGAACCAAAAUUAUGAAAAAACCUUCGCUAAAAUUUCAAGAGGAGAUUGGUGGCCCAGGAUUAAAUCAAAAGUGCAGCAGAAAAAAUUGGAGGACCAUAUUUAUCGAUAUCUAAGAGUAUUUGAUAAAGAAUCAGGGUUUGUGAUAGAACCUUGCUACAGAUAUUCUUUGGAGGGUCAAAAGGGGGCGAAAAUAUCCGCAACAAGAAAAUGGUACAAGAAUGAAAAAAUUGAAAGGCUGGUCGGUUGUAUAGCUGAAUUAACCGAAGAAGAAGAGAAACAGUUAUUACAUCCAGGAAAGAAUGAUUUUUCCGUGAUGUACAGCUGUAGGAAAAACUGUGCCCAAUUGUGGUUAGGUCCUGCAGCAUACAUUAACCACGACUGUCGUGCCAAUUGUAAAUUCGUCGCGACGGGUCGUGAUACAGCGUGUGUGAAAGUGUUGCGCGAUAUUGAAAUAGGAGAAGAAAUCACUUGUUUUUACGGAGAAGAUUUUUUUGGCGAUAAAAAUUGUUACUGUGAGUGCGAGACCUGUGAAAGACGUAAUAUGGGGGCGUACGCGAAAGAAACCGAUCAAAAAGAAGAAAACGGUUACAAACUACGCGAAACGGACAAUCGAAUAAAUAGAACUAAAGUUAAAGUACAGGGUAGUAAAAUAAUUAAUUGUCACGAACAAUUCACACCCGAAAAUGGCAAAAUAAUAAGUCCUUUGAGCAUGAAGGAACUUCGGCAAAAAGGUUUAACUAAAUACGACGCUGAACUUCUCAUAGCACAAGGUUGUAAAUUUUCGGAUAUAGCCGAAUUUAAUCGUAAGCGCGGUGUAAAUAUAAAUUUAAAUAAACAAAUAAGAAAAUGUAGUACUGCUAGUGUUAAAAGUAAAAAGUCUGUGAUACAAGAUACCAUUAAUAAGACUAGUACCAGAGCGUCACGUAUGCAAAGGCGACAAGCCCGUCAGGCAAACUUGGAACUUAUGCAAAGUGCCACCAGAACUAUUUCUAGAUCGAAUCUACUCGACGAUUUACAGAGUAACGCCAGUAGCUGCCCCAGUACGUUCAGCGAUACCGAUCUGGUUUGUGAUGCUACACCUCAUCAAGAUAAAUUCAACGAUAACCACGAAAGUGAAAGAGUUAUCACUCCAAUAGAUAUAGCAGAGAAACCGAACAUGACAUUGCAGAACCACAUUAUUCCAGCAACAACACCCUGUACUCCAACAGAAAACGUACAACGCACCGAAACAGAUGUAGACUGUAACCAAAAUGGUAUGUCAGAUAUUAAACACAUGAUAGAUGCCAGCAGAGGAACGAAUGUGAAACUUUUAGAAAACGUGAAUGCCAAACUAACGAGCGACGUCUCCAAAUUUGACUUAUCAACCAGUGAAAACACGGCAACCAGUAGACCUUGUACACCAAUUGAAGAAGCAAAAUGUGAAAAAAACGACGUAUACGAAUUUAAUGAAGAUGAGGGUAUUACAGAUGAAACUGUUUUAUUGCGAAAACAUAAAACCGCAAUGGAUGAUAAUGAAAGUAAUACACAUACGAGAGAUAAGUCUGAACAAAUAAAUACUGCCGUUGAAACCAGAGAUUGGGUUAAUCGAGAAAUUAGAGAAAGUCCACCAAAGUGUGUUCAAGAACCAGUAGAACAGAAGACGCCUGAAAAAUGUGGCCGUUUAAAACUUACUCUUCGUAUGAAACGUAGUCCCGUUUUGGACGAAGUUAUAGAAUCAGGAAAUAGUUUGAGUGAAGAUUAUUUUGAACCCGAAUACGAAGUUCUUAGAGUUGAAGGUGUAGAUAAUAUCACAUGUACUCCUUUUUCCCAUAGAAAAAAAAGGCAUAAAUCUAAGGAACGGAAACGUGAAAAAAGACUUAGAUUAGCUGAAGCAGCCGUUCCACAGAUUCCCAUGAAACGCUUAAGGCUUAAAUUCGGUAAUGAAAGCCAUACUAUCGACAUCCCGUCCACUAGCACUAACUAUCAUACAUGAUAGGAAAUUAUCAAAGUCUCGUGGUUAAGACUUCAUUUAAAGUGUGAUUCAUAAAUCAAGUGAAACGAACACCAUCAACGUUGGUAUCUGACAUUUUGCAAAAGAUGAAACAUAAUUAACCACCUAAUUGAUUUUUUAUAAAAAUCUUCCAUUUAUUUUAUGUAUUCAACAUAAAUACUUAGAAGUGGAUACAAUGUCUAAGAAGAAUAUUUUCAAAGUGUCGGAAUAAAUCGUAUGUUAAAGAAUGUAAAUUUUUUGUAUGGAAACAUUUAAAAUUUAAUUUUUUAAUUCAUAUGUGAAUAACGAAAAUUUCCACAAAUAAUGAAUAAUUACAACCGAGAGCCUCUAAUGAAUUAGUUAAUUUCUAUUGGCAGGUUAAGAAUUGAUUUAUGAUAUUUUCAUCAUGGUUUUAUCGGUUUAUUGAUGAUGGCUAGUUGUUUUAAUAUAAUUUCUGAGAAUAACCUUAUUAUGUACCAAAAUACAUACUUCAUAUUAAAGGUACUUUCCUUAAUUUUUUUAAUAUUAUAGUCCAGUGUCAAACUCAAACUACAGAUACUAUAUGUCAUUGUACGUGUACUAAAUUUAUUCAAAAGUUCCUAGAGCUAACAACUUCGAAGAAGAUGUUGUGUUUUUUAAGCAUAUAAAAAAGUUAAAUUUGUACCUUGUAUAAGUCUGCUAUAAAACUGCAUUUUCUGAUGGUUUAUGUUUAACUUACCACCAGAUAUAGUAAAAUCUAACAGCCAAGAAUAGUAAAUGAUCACCAAAAUUAAAUCCUCAUUUUAAUGCGAAAUUAUAACCAAAGUUUUUACAUCUUACCAUCCUAUUAAAGCAAUUGACUCCAAACAAAUCAUUGUCAAUCCAAAAAAUAGUUAAUAAAUUCCAAUUGACCACAUUUUAAUUUAAAAUGACAUGCAAAUAUUUAACAUGACAUUGUCCUAUGAAAGUAAAUUACUUUAGGUUAAUAAGUAGUUACUGAAACAUAGUAAACAAACUCCUUGAAGAUUUUUCACUAAGGCCAAGCUUUUUAUGUCCCUAAUUACCACUUGCACCGUUUCUGUUAGAAAUAAACGGCAAUUUAAAACUAACUAACCGAUUAAUUUCCUUAUCCUUUCACCAUAUGAUUUCAACCCAUAGUUAAAUUUAACUUGUUGCUUAGAGUAAUUUGGUUAAAAAUAGGCAUAUUUGUACUAGAAACUAACCCCAGGGAGCACAUUUUUUUGGUUAUGUUACUGGCGUAUGUUUUUUUUAAAUUUGCCAAAAUCAAAAGUGAUUUCCUGUUGCAUAUUUACUUUUUUUUUAUUUCAUGCUUCAUAGCUUGGAUCAAGGACCAAGAUCGCUAGUUCUUUGAAUGUGGAUGUGCAGGACGUUUAUUCUCGACUGCUACUAAAGUGAAGUGAACAUUUGUUACACAUGAAUUUCUAUAUGAAAUAAACUAACCUCACCUCACAGGCAGUUGAUAAUACAUGCUCAGAAAUGAAAUGUGCAUAGGGAUAGAUGAGCUCAAAAUGCUGUAUGUUACCUAGUAACAAUAAUGGUAGUUUGUUGUGCAAGUAGUUAGUUAGUAGUACAAGUCAUUAGGAAACUCUUAAGUCCUGCUCAAUACACUAUAGAAUAUGCAGAACCGUAGGUCUUAAAAGGCCAAAUCACUUGAAAAAGUCAAGUUGUCCGUGGUCUGGAAGUGUUUUGCUCUAUUGUAUACUCUUCUUGGAAAUUCCGUAUUAAUAACAAUCCAAGAUGUCGAGGUCACACAACUUGUCUCGAAACACACAGAUAAUAUCAAGAAAAUAAAAUUCCUACGUUUUUUGAGGUUAGGAUUUAUUUGAAACUGUCAAUUAAAAUAUAAAUCCUCCAAUUUCGGUGGUUUAACUUGAAAGAGAUUUUUAUCGAUUUGAACUGCGUUUUACUUGCGGUGCAAGUGGCCCAUGAUUUUUUUGGGCGUUUAUGCAACCAAAUGUGUAAAAAUGAAACAAUUUUAAUGAUCCCUUAUUAAAAACAAACGUAAAGCCAGUUUAUUUAAAACUAAUAAUAAAUAUUUUGAAAAUCUAAGAAGAAUAAGUCUUCUGCAAUAAUCUAUUGCACAAUUAAUGCUUUCUUAGCUUUGGCUGGUAGUCCUCUUUUGCGUCUCAUUCCAAUGGGAAUAGCUUUUGCCUCUGAAGAAGAUUGGAAACGCUUAAGCCGAAUUGCCAAUUCAACGAGAUGCUUACAUAUAUAAUCAACGAUAAACUUUAAGCAAUUGCAUGUUCCGUGUAACCAAUUUGCUUUUUCUAGGAGCAUUAUUACUUGUUUGUAACAGCUAUGCGCCCAAAUACCAGAAGUAAGAGCCAUUCGUUUUCAAAGUAAAUAACAAAAUAAUUUUUGGCUCUCCAUUCGUCCAAAAAUUUUUCGCAGGCUCGAUGAAAUAUGUCCUGAGUUGACGCACACUGUAAAGCUUCAAUGUCUUGUAGUAAAUCUGUUUUCGAUUUUUUUUGCACACUUUGUUUGCAUCUUCUUUUUAUCAUACGCCCAACACAUUCUUAGGACUGUAUCGGUUCCAAACGUGCGAGCAAAGUCAGUUUGUAUUGCCUUGGCUGCAUUACAGACCAAAACUUUACAAGUUAAAGUGUAUGAGUAGAGGAAGAAGUCUUCCGUUCGUUCUUCUGUUGUCAGAGCUAAUUCAAAUGGGUGAAAAUGUUUAUCUUUGUCUGUAGUUCCAAUCAUGAGUACUGGAAACCCUUACCAAAUGAGCUUAUACGCGACAUCCGCAUGAAGAACAGAACAUUGACGUGAUAAACCAAUUAAAUACUCCAUCGUUAACAUGAACCGGAAGUUGUGAUCUAAAUAAUCUUCGGAAAUUUAAUGCCACAACAAAAACUUCGUGAUCGUCAUUAGGUUUUGGAGAGUUUUCUUUUGACUAUAAUUAAAGGUCUCCCAAGGUUAUUACUGCUGACCCGUACUUUUCAUUUAUUAUUAUUUUAGUAUAUUAUUAUUUGAUAAUCAUGUACUAAAUUUAUUCUUCGAAUACAAUAUGAAGUGCGGGCGUCACUAAAUAUAUAGGAUUAUUGUAAUUUUACACUUUAUAUUUUGGUGUUAAGUAUAUAUUUUUGGUAAAAGAGUUAAGGGUACCGAAGUAGGUCCCUUUUUUGAUGUCAUCACAGGUAUUUUCUUGUUUUGCUCUAUUGCUUCAAUUCGUUAUUAUACGCCAUUGAAAAAUUAAUUCAGUGAUCACCACCUCGGUUUUAUUUGAGAAAAAUUGAAUUCAAAUUAUUCUGAGGAGUUUCAUUACUUUCACCUUCUGCUGUUUUUGAUUUCCAAUUUGAAUAAUUGAAACUGAUGAUUUUAAUAGUCCAUGCUAGUAUUUGAUUUUCCAGAAAACUGCAUAAUACCGAAUUAAAAAAAAACUAGAAAGCUGGUAGAAAAAUAUGGUUCAAGUUUAUAGAUGGCGGUUUCUUGAUAUAUGCUUAAAAACUAACAUCAGAAUUAUUUUUUUUAAGGUCACUAGCUCCAUUAGGAAUAGCUUUUGGAUUAAGUUUAGAUGGACCUGUAUAUUGUGGAAACCAAAAAGAUAAUUAUGCAUACAUUAUUAUUAUUUUUCCCAAUUUUUUUGUAUUAUUUUUUUUACUUUCUGUGAAAAAUUAUUUUUGAUUUUACACUGUAGAAUUAAACGUUUAUCUGGAAAACCUUUUUUUUUAAAUUGGAUCAAAUAAUACUUUUAUUGAAGUAAUUUGAUUACAUUAAAUGUAUCCAUACAAUAAAUAAAUCCAAACAUUGAGCAGUAUUUACAAAGGAUUUUAUAUAUAUAAAAAAUUUCAUUUUAAAGUUAUUUUUAUUUUGUUCUGUAUAAAUUCAAGAUUCACUGUAGCAUUUUCAAGCCUUGUAUAAAAAACAACCAGUGAAAACAUAUUUUUUUCAAAAACUUUCAGAGCUAGUUUUAAAUUGUUUUGUUUUCAAAAAACUAUUUUGAUGCAAAUUAUAAUUUUGCUUCAUAAAAAUUUUGAAAAAAGACUGAUGGGUGGUUGCAUACAGCUUGAGUAUUAAUAUUGGUAGAUAUGGUUUCCAUCAAUCCAUUAACUGAUGAGAAGCAAAUAUAAAGGGGAACACAUGAACAAUCGUAGACAAUAUUAUUUACCGUUACAUAUUUUAUCAAGUUGUUCUUUGUUCAAUUGCUUUAUAACUUUCUUGAUAGUUCGAUUUCCAUUCACAGAUGACUUUUUUUCAAACGUCCGUUUUCAAACGUUUUCAAUAAUGUUUUAAGUUAUUUUUUUCAAAAUUAAGAAACCGGUUCAUAGAUUUAAUUCAGUGGUAUAUUACACUACAACCUAAGGUCUAUCGUGCUUUUUUUAAUGUUUACGGUUCGCCUUCCAGUUUCAAAUUUUCAAUUAAUUCUAGUAUCUGUGAUGGCUUCGAAGAGAUUGGAUGUUCACUCCUGCAGGUUUCUUGUCUUCUGUAUACUUCCAAUGAUGAUGCAUAGUUUAGCUGAGAUCCCAAAUACUGUUUAGAUCAAGCAGUAUUGUAGUUUCAAAGCAACAUUUUGGAGUGAUCUCAUUUGGGAAGGCACUGUCAGAAUAUCCUCCUUUCGAAAUUAUAUAGGAGCAUUUUCCUACACCACAGAAAGGCCAUUAAUAAUAGGCAUUUGUAUUUUUUUUGGUUAGGUGUAUUGAUCUCAUCAUUUUGUUUAAUCCCUGUGAGACCAGUAUCUCAGACUGAAAACACUGAAAUUCUUUCCUAUUUUAUCAGCUCAGUUCUGCACGUAUUUCUGCGUACCAGACCUAACUUUUUGAUAGACUCUGAUUCAUCUGCGUACUAUUUAAUGGAAUUUAUUUUGAAAGUUUAGGUGGUGUCCAGUCUUUCUUUGUAUUUAGCAUCGUUAUAAAUUUCUUUUCAAUAUGUUACCACCUUUCCAAUGAAAGAAACUGAAUUUGAUAUAUUUGUAAUAGAAGUACUAGCUCUGAGAUUUUUGAUAAAAAAAUUAAAUCACACCAUUUCUGACAUUUAAAAUCACUAGACUUUUUUUUGAAAUUAUAGCUCUUAUUUUGUAAUAAAACUGAAAAAAUUGUAUGUUGCAAUUAUAAUUUUCUUCUAAAUAUUGUGAAUAAUCCUGAAUCUGUGAUAAAUCCAGUAUGUACAAAAAUAUAACCAAUAUUUGGAGCCAAUAUUAUCUAAUUUAAAUAGUAUAAAUUAAUAAAUUAGUAAAAUUUAUUCACUGGAAAAAAUUCAUGAAUUUGAAUUGUUAUAAAUUAUUUACAAAAGUUCAUUAACGCUUGUUAAUUACAAUUUUUUAUAUAAAAUAUAAAUAUCAGUUUUAGUCCAAUAUCUGAACUAUGUGGUUAAAAAAAAUGCAAGAAAAACGUCAUAAUUACAAAUUUGGGAACAGUUAAUAACUUCUACCUUAACUUAUUUCAAUAGCUUGUUUGACUGCAUUGUACUCCAAAGUAAAAUUUUGUCUAAAAUAAAAGUGAAUAAUCUUAUUGAAUUGCCAUUUUAUAAAAUUCCAUUGGUUCGCUUGGUUAUGUAUUAACUAGAACUUUAUUCCUACAAAAUUCGCAUUAUUUAUACUAUUCUAAUUAUAGAACUGUCUUUUAUUUAAAAAUGCUUAUUAACUUUGUUUUAUAGUGUUAUAACCACUUCUAUACUCAUAUUUAGUCUAUUGGAAACAUAAAAGGAGAAUUCGUUGAAUCUUUGAAAGAAUUUAACAAUCUAUAUCCUAUAUCCAACUUCCAACUAAUCCUAUUAUGUAUGUAUGGAUUUUGGAGUAUACACUGCGAACCAAAAGAUCUAUUGUGUUCCUCUUUCUUGCUGCGAUACUGGAGAACAAACCAGUGUUUACAGCUGAUAUGAUAUGAUACUUUUAAAAAGUCUAGAAUGUGGGAUGGCUAUAAUUGCCAGAGAUCUUCGUUUACCAUUUUAAGCGUAUAUAGAAAAUAUGGAAACCAAUUAUACUAUUAUAUUAUUUAGUUGUGUAAGAUGCGCAUACACACAAUUAAUAGUCGAUGGGAUAUCUAUCACUCCUCAUUCCUUAUUAAUAGUACAGAAUGAUUAAUCGAAGAGCUGUGUCCAGUGCUCCCCUUCAUUCGAAGGAUGAUAAGAGGACAAGGAGACGAAGAUACUCUGUUCAUCCUAUAUUCAAUAACAGAUUACUACAUGGGACAUUCCACAUGAUACAUGUAAGAAUUACCCUGAAAAUUUUCUCAGCGUGUGCAGAAUAAGUGAAAGAAGUUUCUACGACACAUAUCCGACAAGUCAUCAAAAAUCUUUUCAAUCCUUCAGUCUAGUAACCAGUAACGAGGAAGUGCUCUAUUUAAUAAAUUUUAUAUAGAUUAAAAGGAAAUGAUUGAAACUACUUAAUGAUCGAUUAUUUGAUUUACUUAAAAAUUGGAGAAAUACCCUUACACUAUUUAAUUGUUAUUUCAUAUAAAAUUUGCUCGUAAUAUUUUUCAUAUCCCGUCAUUGUAUAUGGUUACAUUAGCAAAAGAGCGCAAAAUAAAAUGAAUUAUGGUAUCCAAUUAUGGUAAAGAACAAGGCAAUGACAAUUCCUCGACAAAAAAGUGAAAAUCAUGAAAUAUAGGAGAGUUCUUUUCAAACUUUAACGAUGAGAAUUACUAGAAUAAAGCCAGAAUAACGAAAGUUAAUCUAUGAUUACUAAAGGAAGUGAAAUCAAUAUGAAACUAUACUCAAUUUGCUCCAAAAUGUUAAUAACUAUUAGCUCUUAAACUCUGAACCUUAUAAAAAAGGUAAAAUUAUCUAUAUUUGUAAAAUGGUACGCUCUAUUAGACAGGGGAAAUUCCAUAUCUAGAAUCUCAAUAAAUAUCAACUUCAUAUAUGUCUUUUGCAGCUUUUACUGUUACCAUUUUUUGAAUUCUUUCAACACAGUAAACCAGGGGAGGACAAAAGCCGGCCCGUGGGCCCGAUAUAGCCCUUUUGCUUACUUUAUCCGGCCCGGAUUUUUUUUAAAUCUCAAAUGUUUGUUUUUUGCAAAUAUGAUAAUAAAUUGGAUUUUAUGUAAAUAUUUUUAAUCUAUUGACUUCAUUUAAAAAUAACGUACUUUAUACAGGGCACAAAUUGUUCGCAAGUAAGAAAGACAAUUUAUUAUUACUAUUAUCUAUUAUUAAUUGUCAAAUUUCUUUGUCCUAUUGCUUUAAAAAGACACCUCUAGUGUUUUCGCAAAAAAAUUUCUUGGGUAGGGAAAAACACCCAAAAAUCUCGUUAUGGCCCACGCUUAGAAAUAUUUGCCCACUCCUGCAGUAAAUCAAAAGGAUGUUUUGUUACUUACGAGAGCAGAGAUAAUGAUAUUGUGUAAUACUUAUAGAGAUAAUUAUUGUUUCUGCUGUGUUCUUCAAUACCAAAUUACCUGAAUUAUAGGUUAGGUUAACUAAAGAUUAAAUCAGUUCAAGCCCCAAAUUUCGGGGGCUUAAUUUAAUGAUAGCUAAAGACCUUUAAACAUGGUUUAACACACGGUGCAAUUCAAAAAACAGAUUUAAGCCAGCAUUAAAAUUUAAACCAAUAUGAACCUAACGCUGCAAGUGGCCAUUAAAGUGUGUUCCAGUGUUCAUAUUUGUCUAAUUUUGCUUGCGUAUAAUUAGCGUUGAAUAAUAAUCGACUCCAGCUAUUAUUUUGUUCUUAUUUUUAUUAACUAGUACAUUUUAUGAUCUGAACAUCAAAUAUUUAGUACCAUUUCUGAUGAUCCCUUCACAUUGUUUGAGGCUUGUUUCGAAAACCACGUUAUCGUCUUCAGAAACUGCAGAUAAACUAAACAAUUUUAACUCUGAAGAUGAUAACUUAGUUAUCGAAACGCGCAUCAGACAGUGUAAUUAUAAGUUUUAGUGUUAGUAGUUAGUGAUAGUAUAAACAAUAUGACUAUCACUAACGGUUCAAGAAAUUCGAACUUGGUGCCCAUGUUACUCUUGAAUUAAAUUACUCAUUUGUGCACUUCUUGUUUGUAUUUCCAGCACAACACCAAAUGACUAAAAAGAAUAUAAAAUUCUAAUUCGAAUAACCAAAAUUUUUCAUUAAAGUCGUAAUAUUGUAUAAAGUAACGUUAGUCUUAGUAACAUAUCACUUAUUAUCUUUUUAUCAAUGGGAAAUAAUUUUUCAACUGAAAAAGAGAAACUUCAUAUGACGAUUUCAUUUUUGGGGUACUGUUUUUUUGUAACUAUUAUGAAAGGAAAGUAAUUGUACGGAAAAUAUUGGAAUGACAUAAUAACAGUGAUUGGUAUCCAUUGAAUAGAAAUGUAUAUUUAUCUUUUGUUGUUUUUUCUAAGCUUUACGAUCUUAUUUCUUGAAUUGUCGUAUUUCCUCCUUUUCUUUUUGUUCUGAACCUUCUGAGUGAGUAUAUGUGUGUAUAUUUCUUGAUUUUUCGUAAUUCCUACUUUUUUCUGUUUCCCAGACUAUUUCAAUGAUUUUGAAUAUUUCAUAUUUUAGGUUAUCUCCCCCAUAUUUUAUUAGUUCAUUCACUAUUUCGUCUUGUCCUCCUUUUUUAUUGUGUUUCAGUUUGUUGAUUAUGUCAUUACAUUAUAGUUCGUUUUCUAUUUUGUUUCUUUAUAUGUUGAUAUAAUUUUACAUUAUUUUUAUUAUCAUUUUCCAAGUUCUCUUUACUAUCAUUUAGCCGUUUUAUCUUCUUUGUUUUAAUUGUCUUUGUGCUCUCGUUUCUUAUUUUUCUAUAUAAUAAAGGAAAUAUUGCUACUAAUGUCUUUGUUAGGAAAUUAUUACUUGCAUUUAUUUGGGUAGAGUACACAUUCAUUAUUAACUGAUAAUUAUUAUUAUAACUUCAUGACAUUAGGGUACUUAAGAGUUAUAUUAUACAAUAAUAUAACUUCGUAUUGGCUUCAAAUUUUCUAAAAUAAUAAUAUUAAGGAAAAAGCUACAGAGAAUGCUUGAAAUUAAUCUAAACGAGUCGAUGUUUUAACUCUUUUCGUAUCUGAAAUCAAGUGUAGUACGGAGAAAUAUAUAUCAGUGUUAUGUGUAAAUCUUGCUACACCUGAAAAAAUAAAUGUUGAAAAGGAUCAUUGAUCAUUUUGAUGUAGACUUCAAAUGUCAAUAAGUGUUAUAAAUGUUUAAACACUGUUAAAAAUCUUCAAACUAUACUUGUAAACAUGUUGUAACGGACGUUCUUAUUUUCAAAAAUAUUGCUUUAUAAACUUUGAAAUUAUCUAUUUGUAGAUUACAGUAUUUUAAUUCAAUUGGAAUAACCUCAGAAUAAAAUGAAAUUACCCACUAGAAGUUAAGUCAAAAGUUAGAUAUGUGUUAAUACUCGGUAACAACCUUAUUAAUAAGCUAUUGCCAAAAUGAUGUGGGAUAUCGAUCUACGGCAAUUAAAAAUCUAAUUUUAUUUGUGUGAUAAACAAGUUGUGUUCUACUAUUAUCGAAUAUUACAAAGUGGACGACAUCUGUUAAUUUUCUUUCAAACUUUAAUAGGGGUGAAUAACAAAUCUAGAAUACGAACUAACUUUGUUGUUUUAUAAACAAUAGAAAGUAUAAUUUAACAUUUUGGUUUAAAUAAUAAAAUAAUAUACUUGUUUAAAUAGUUUUUCUGAGAUAAAAACCACAUAUGCACAAGGUACAACAAUAUAAAAAGGAUAAAAGCUGUAGUAUUAUAAAUGUAAUAGUUCUUAAAUCCUAUUCUAGUAGCCAAUAAAACUCUUGUUCACUUUUUUGUUAGUUUCUUGUAGAUAUUCAAGUCUCUUCCUCCACGAACAAAUGUAUUUCCAAUCUUCAACUACAUCAUUCAGAUUAAUUGUCUCAUGAGGCUGGGAAGUUAGACCUGAUGUCUGUAAACACAAACUUUUGAUAGUUUUUGAAUUUGUUCCUUCUAGGCCACAUAGUACUAAUGAACCACUUUUUUAGUGGUCUGCUUAUGACUCCAAUAUAUUUCCACGAUGUUAAAAAGGGUUACUUAUUUCUUUUUCAUUUUUAAGUACUAUCCGCACAUAUUCGUGACCGGAAGGCACCGUUGCUCUCCGUGCUUCGUAGUCUCCGGUAACAUCCGUGAUAAAUUUUUCUUUGACAUUCACACAGUACCUACCGUACCUUUCCGAGUCAAUGUUAUUCAGUGAUUCAGUUAUCUCAGUUUUCUUUCCAUAAUGAAUUUCAGUACAGAAAACAUUGCAGUAAUUGCAUUAACUUUAAACGAAGAAGAAAACUCUUUUUCACGUCCGUAUUUAAACUGAAACUAUCUGCGAGGACAUAUUUAUUAUUUUCACGGUGGAUACCGUAAGGUCAUUGAGAGUGUUGGAGAGUCACGUUGACCACGCACCGUAUUUCCCUCUUUAGUUUACUAAGAAUUUCAAUGUCAGCCGAUAUUUUUUUCCACUGAAGGUCACGGAUAUGUGUGGACCGACCUUUAGACCUAUUCUUAAACAUAACUUUUUUUGUUCAAACCACACAUACCCAUUUAGGAAAUAACGGAAAUUACAAAUAUAAAGAAAAUUCUACCUCUAAAAAAUCACUAAAAACACAAAAAGCAUAAAACACCCUUACAGAUUGUGUUGUUGUUCACCGCUAUAGAAGCCAAAUUCAGCGUCAUCUAGCAGCACGUGAUUUUCGCCAAUAACAACUGGUACUUCCAAAUAGGUAUUAAAAAUACUGUAAAUGUUAUUACACAAUUGGUAUUAGUAAGUCAAUUUUAUCCAGUCAAAUGGAAAUAAAACCUAACCAUUAAAACCCUAUAUUUUUUAUUUAGUUAAUUCAUAAAGUAUCUCACCAUAUCCUUAUCCUAUUCGAAAUUUAAUUAUUAAGGGUGGAUAUUAAAUUCUUAGUAUAUUAUCAAGCAAUAGUAUUGUUUAGAUUUCUGAAGCCAUAUUGCUCAAAACUGCUCGUUUGUUUGCUGCUUGUUCUUGUGUAUAAUUUUAUCAAGAAGGUUACUGAGAAGAAAAUUAGUCUUAAAAUAUUAGGCAUUUGACUGAAUCUACGCUUUUUUUGGUUUAAAAAUAUUUUGAAUCUCGAUUAUGAAGCAUUUUUAAUGUACAAGGUUAUUCAAUAUAAAUUACUCUGCACUGUUCACCGUUACUACCCCCUGUAGAAAGAAAAUUUAUAUAAAAUUUGUGCGGUUAUGGCUGAAUAUUGUUAAAAUACUCCUUGUUUUUUAAUGGAAUACCCCGUAUAUUUUUAAAUAUCAAGAAUAUAUGUAAUAUAUUACUUCUCCAGAUACUAUUUUCAAGUUAUUAAAUUUUGAAAAUAUUUACUAAAAAUAUAAAACAGUUUACUAAUAUAUUAACUUACAUUCUUUUUGUUAUUUACACUAUCUAGUUUCUAGGGUCACAUAUAUUUUUGAAAUCAAUAAGAAAUGCUAUUUCAAUAGUUAAAGAAUAUAUACAGAACUUUUAAAUACUAAAUUUACAAUAGCAUAACGAAAUUCAGUUAUACCCACACUACUUUUAUGUGAAGCUGCUUUUCUGCAGAAAAUAAUAACGACAAUAAGGGGUGGGUAAUUCAUAAUUAGAAAUCAUAGUAUGUGUUUUAUUAGUUUAUUAUCAUAUUGACAAGGAUAUGCUGCAUAUAUUUUUUAAGAACGUCUUUACCUUAUAAUUAAAUAUAAUUUUAUAUGGCGCAAGAUUUGUGUGCCGAAGACUGUGUAUUUAUUAUUUUUAGUGUAAUUAAAUGUACAGUGAUAAAGAAAUUUAUGGAUUUAGUUGAAUUGUAGCAUUAAUCGUAAUAAGAAAUCAAUUAUUGUAAAUACUUCAUUUUAUUUAUUUUUACAAGCAUUUAUCACUAACAUCGUAUUAUUUUUAUAUUUAAUAGAAUGGUACCUUGAAAGUCAAGUUAUUUCUUGAAAUAAAUUUAUAUGAUUGAAAUCUUAGUUGAGGACAUCUUACUACUUCCAAAAUGUUUCCGAUGGUUGGUCAUGUAAUGUUCCUAUAAAAAUUAAAAUCAACAGUUUGACACCCUCUAACAAUGACUAAAAUUGAAUUUACAACGGUAUGAUUAACUGGCUUUUUUUAUCUGUAGUUGCUGUAUAUUGAUAAACUUCAAUUUUCUGUACAUUUGUACACAAGAUAUUAUACAAGAAUGUAUAAUAUUUUAUUCCUUGACAUAUUUUUUAUUUGAGUGAAUUUGUUUCAGUAGAUUAUUGUCAUUUUUAAAAAUAUUGUAAAAAUCUUCACAAGAAUAUGUCAAAUUGUAUAUGACACAUAAAAUGGUUUUAAAAGUUUCAACACUUAAUUUUGAUUUUUUUCAUGUCUACACUCGAUUUACUGUAUAAAAAACGCUUUGAGUCGUAGCGUUAAAACCAGGUAAAGAUAGUGCAUAUUCCACAAUUUUUAAUACCUUAAUAUUGUAUGGAAUAUAGUUUGUUCCCAAAUGAUGGAAUAUUUCUAAACAUUUGUAUUCUAUUGUGAUUUUUUCUGAUACCCAAUAUUAAGCUUUUCCUUAUCAAUACAUUUUUUUACUAAUGACACUUCAUUAAAAAGAUCAUUUUCGGAAAUAUUACUAUUUGGGAAUUUUUGAGAAAUAUAAUUAAAUGAUUUUCGCACAUCGUUCCAAAUAAGUUUUGGUUUUAAUGUAACCCAACGAAAAUGAUCAACAUCAUUAUAUUGUACCGUCCAGUCUUCCAAAUAAUCUUUGCAGUUACUAUAAAACUUUUUGACAUGGCUCAUGAUAUCCUGUCGAUUUAUUGCACCUUGCUCUUCGAGCUGGCUUAUACUUUUGAUAGUUAACGGUAGAAAAUUACUUUCUAACCUCUCUUGACAUUGAUAUUUUAAAUAUAUAAUAUUUAUUUGUUUAAUUAGCUUGCUAGCACGCAAUACUAACACGGAGUCUAUCAUCUGAGAGACAAAUAGAAUGUAACUGGGUAGCAAAAGCAAUAUGUUAAUCGUCGUAGCCCGUAGGCUUAUUUUUAAAAGUCGGGAUUUUUGAAAAAGUCGCGGGACGUGGGACAAAUUGUGAAAAAUCAGGACAUCUAGUCACCUUACUCAUAAUGAUUAUACUGCAUAAUUUUUAUCAGGCUCUCCAAAUUACUUGAUUCGAUAUGGCAUUUGUGGGCAAACAAUUUCAAGGUAUACAAGUGAAAAUAUAUCUUCAGUUCAGUCACAAAACAAUAACACAAUGUACUGUUAGCCCACACACGCCAUAUUGAAAAAUUUUGUAAUAGGUCGUUGGAAUAUCUUAUUCACAAUUUAGAAAUUUGGUAGAAAUCCUUUUCGUUAAUAGCUGUUUUUGUACCAUUGUUACCAAUAAUUGAAUUUUGCUCCAUUCCAUAGGCAUUAACUAUUAAAAUUGCUUUCUAAGCUUCUUCAAGUAUUUGUUCAGGAAUGAACUCUCUUCUGUUGUUUCCAUAAUCGCAAAUAAAUAGUAACACCUCUCGAUAUUUUCUAUUUAAUUUCGCUUAUAAUGGAGCAAGAUAACCUGCAAUGCAGUACAAAACGCAAGCAAAUUCAUGCACAGAAGAAAUUCAACUGAUUGAUUCAUGCCAAAUCAGUUUAAUAAAAUUUUAUGGCAUGCAAGUUGAAAUUGUAGGGAGAAAUCUAAUUACUUUUGUUUCAAUAUCCAACCAAAUGCCAGUUUGACCAAUUGGAGUAUUAUUAAAAAAUGUUUUCUUCUGUGGCAAAUAUAACCUUAUUAGUAAUUUUUGUUGUAGUCAAUAUUCAGUUUACUUUUCAUUUUGGAGGAUAGGCAACAGCAUAGAAGAGAAAAGAUUUAGUUUUGAUUAGCUCAAGUUCUGAUGCAAUUUUGACAUUUCAAGAAAUUGUCUUUUAGUUUAAAGGUAACAGAAGAGUUCCGAUGAAAUUUCAGCGAUUUCGAUAUUAAAUAAAUAUUGUUAUUGAAAACAGUAAUUAAGUAAUCAUAAUCUGAACUUCCCUUCUUUUUUCUUUCCUUUUUAGUUUUUCAAAAAUCGAGGUAUCUGUUAUGCUAGCAACAAUUAAAAAAAAACUUUCAAGGCGCCACACUUUCCAUAUUUGUAAUAUAUUCUCAUUUAUUAGAUAUUUCGACAAUUUUUUUGUAUUUAGAUAAAUUCUUGUUGAAAAUUAACUGUUGAAAAUUUAUCAGGAAUAUUACACGAAGUACAUGUAAAAAAUUGCCUAAGAGCAUAACAUGAUGUAAAUAUAAAAAUGUAGUCUUUGUAAGAAAACCGCGAAAUUAAAAAUUUAGAUAUGUCUCCAGAAAAUUUUUGAAUUGUUUUUUAUGAGUCAACGUUAAGUAAUAGAAAUGUUUUAAUAGCAUUAUAAUAUUUAAAGAGGAUAACAAGGCUGCAAUUACAAGAAAGCAACUCACCAAGAUUUUAUAUUAUGUAAUAACUCAUGAAAUAUAAAACCAUUUUGCAUUGUUGUAAUUUUUGCCAUCCGAAUUUGUGAUCUACUUUUAUGUUACAUUCUUACUAGUUUUACGAAGUAAAUUCAUCAUAUUCUUUCUUUCAUUCCACAUCUUCCAUUAAAAAAAGAAAGGUUCUCACUUAUUUGUCAUAAAGAUUUUUGUGAUAGUGACCCAUGCUAUCCAAAUAUUUUUCCAAGUUCUUCCCAUGGAGAAACCCUAUCGGGUCUAUAUUUCCUCUACAUCUUUCUAGAUUGAUCCUACAGUCACAUUACAGAAAUAUAUUGUUACCUAGGUAUUCGCCAAUAAAAUGUACUAUCCCUGGCACAUUAAUGUCUGUUGCUUCUUCUGCAUUGCUAAUAAAUCAUCUCAUCUCUAAUUCAGCCAUCCUUCUUCUUGACAGGUUUACAAGUGCUUUAUUUACUAGAAGACCUUUUAGAAGUAUGACAUGAUAUUCUUACUAAAAAUAAUUUUCACUAGUGACCAUCACUUGUUUCGCAACGGUUUGUAGAGCAAACCAACAUAGUUUAUAAGGAUUAAUUCUGUAUCCAUCUAUCUACCUUUCCAAUUACCGCAUUUUAAGUGGCGCUGUUUUGAUAGAAAAUAGAAUGUCAGAAUUGUGAACUUUUUUGUAGAUCUAUAACCACCAGGUAUUGUUCUGCCAAUGAGGCUGCGAGGCUUUUCAGACACUUCCAACAAUUGUAGUCAUAAUUCAAUCAGUUUACACAAAAAUCUUGACAAUUUAUAUAUCUAAAUUUUUACCACUCUGUUGGUAUCUCCAACAGACAAAGAGAAGCAACAGAAGACUAUUUAUAAUUUAUAUUGAUAUUUGAAUUACGGUAAUAAAUUAUACUUAUUUUGUGCAAUUCUGUUAAAUUUGAAUAUUCGUUUUAUACUUCUGGAGACAGCCCUUAAUGUAUUGAUUAAUUUAUUGACCUCAUAUUUCUAUAAUUUUUUUAAAAUAUACUCCUUUGAAUUAUUUUUUAUUCCUAACAGAUAUUAUGUUCCUAACUACCUAUUCUUGUAUUAAUCUUGACUGUAUAUCCUGCAUCAACCAUAAUAAACUUUUUUUAUUUGAUCUCAUUUGUUUUUAUUCUGCGUGAGGUUUUGGAAAGUUUUACGAAAAUCUACUAUAUUCAUAGAGUAAUAUUGCAAUGGAGUUAAAUUUGUAAAUAAAAUUAGUUGAAAU